CGCGUCCGCCCCCAAAUUCCAAAUCCCUCCUACCUCCAAGAACCCUAGCUCUCCCAAAUCCUCCCCCAGCCGCCGCCGCCGUAAAGUCCGUUUCUUCUCUGUUUGCAGCAGCCGCCGUCGCUUCCGCCGCCGCCGCCGUCUGCAGGAUGGGCGAGGCCGACGUCGAGGUCAAGGACAACGAGGUGUACGAGGAGGAUCUCGUCGACUACGAGGAGGAGGUGGAGAAUGGGGCCGACGGCGCCUCCGCGGCCAACGCCUCCGCCGACGUGGCCAAGAAGGGGUACGUGGGGAUCCACAGCUCGGGGUUCAGAGACUUCCUGCUCAAGCCGGAGCUGCUUCGCGCUAUCCAGGACUGCGGGUUUGAGCACCCUUCCGAAGUGCAACAUGAAUGCAUCCCACAAGCCAUUCUUGGAAUGGAUGUCAUCUGUCAAGCAAAAUCUGGGAUGGGGAAGACCGCUGUUUUUGUUCUCUCAAGUCUUCAGCAAAUCGAUCCUGUUGCUGGUCAAGUUGGUGCACUUGUGCUAUGCCACACAAGGGAGCUAGCUUACCAGAUUUGCCAUGAAUUUGAGAGGUUCAGCAAGUACCUUUCUGAAAUAAAAGUUGCUGUCUUCUAUGGUGGCGUUCACAUAAAAAAGCACAAGGAUCUGUUGAAGAAUGACUGUCCUCAUAUUGUGGUUGGGACACCUGGAAGGAUACUAGCUCUAGCUAGAGAAAAGGACCUUUCCUUGAAGAAUGUGAGGCAUUUCAUUCUUGAUGAAUGUGACAAGAUGCUUGAUUCACUUGACAUGCGUAGAGAUGUGCAGGAGAUCUUCAAAAUGACACCCCAUGAUAAGCAAGUGAUGAUGUUUUCAGCAACCCUCAGCAAGGAGAUUCGCCCAGUUUGCAAGAAAUUCAUGCAAGAUCCUAUGGAAAUUUAUGUCGAUGAUGAGGCUAAACUGACCCUUCAUGGCCUAGUUCAGCACUAUAUAAAACUAAGUGAGGCGGAGAAGAACCGAAAAUUGAAUGAUCUCUUAGAUGCACUGGACUUCAAUCAAGUUGUCAUAUUUGUUAAAAGUGUUAGUAGAGCUGCAGAACUGAACAAGCUGCUUUGUGAAUGCAACUUUCCUGCAAUCUCCAUACAUUCUGGAAUGACACAGGAGGAGAGGCUGACCCGGUAUAAGAACUUCAAGGAAGGACACAAGAGGAUUCUUGUGGCGACUGAUUUAGUUGGCAGAGGAAUUGAUAUUGAACGUGUCAACAUUGUCAUAAACUAUGACAUGCCCGAUUCUGCUGAUUCGUAUUUGCACCGGGUUGGAAGGGCUGGACGCUUCGGAACCAAAGGACUUGCAAUAACAUUUGUUUCCUCUGCCUCUGACUCUGAUGUUCUUAAUCAAGUGCAAGAAAGGUUUGAGGUUGACAUAAAGGAACUCCCUGAGCAGAUUGAUACCUCGACAUAUAUGCCUUCUUAGAUAUCCGGGUGGACUGCUUCAGCCUUACAUUCGAACCAGGAAAUAGGAGUAUCUCAUUGAGAGACGUCAUGUUGAGUCAUCUACUAGACAACUACAAACUUCGUGUGAGAAGUGCUGCCCUCAUCUAUAAACAGCAGUUUAGGUGUGCUGCUGUUAAGAGCUUUGUCCCGCAAUAAUACUUGAAAGGAUGUAUGUAGGCAAAUUGGGCGUGCCUGUAUUUGAAUUGCUUUCGUUGAAGCUUUUUGGGAGUUUUAUUAGGAUAUGCUUGUAUUAAUUUUCUUCUCAGAUGCUAAUAUGGGUUAAUUUAUACU